AUGGGCUAUGCAAACGUUCAGUAUACUAUUCUCUAUGAUCAAUAUCGGGAUUUAUCAUUUCAAUCAUUUCCUUUCAUUGGACAUCCGUUACAAAUUGAUUGGAUAUCAUUACCUAUUCUUCACAGUUUUACGAAUGGAUUUUUUUCUGGAAUCUUUUGGAAUUUAUUGGAAUUCAAUGCCACUCAGACUAUUUUGAAAAUGGCAACGGAUCUGAUGGUACCAUUGGCUCCUGUUGCGAAUCUCACGGAUACACAUGAUGUUGGCUUUGUCAUUAUGUCUAGUUUUGGUCAUGCAUAUCGUUUAUUAAAAUUACCAGAGUAUUUACAGAUAGUUAUUACUGCUGCUUCUUCAUUAUCGACUCGAUAUUCACCGGAAGUUCGAUGUAUACGUUCUUGGGAUAGUAAAGAAGGUUUUCUAGUUAUCAUUGAUAAUAUGAUGAAUUUGGAAUUACUCUUUGAAGCAAGUUAUCAAACAAAUAAUCAAACAUGGUAUAACCUAGCAUGGCAACAUGCUAAUAGAACCAUGUAUGAACAUUUUCGACCUGAUAAUAGUACGUAUCAUGUAGUUGAAUAUAAUGAAACUGAUGGAACUGUUAUUCGAAAGUACACGGCUCAAGGUUAUGCUGAUUGGUCAACCUGGUCUCGUGGUCAAGCGUGGGCUGUACAUGGAUUUACUAUUGCUUAUCGUUACACUAAGUAUCAGCCAUUUCUAGAUAAAGCCAUCGGUGCAGCAAAUUACUUUCUGUCUCAUCUUCCAAGUAGUACAGAUUCGAUAACUUAUUGGGAUUUCGACGCUCCGCACAAUUCAACAAUUGCCUAUCAACCACGAGAUACUUCAGCUGCAGCUAUUUUCGCUAGUGGUUUGGUUGAAUUAUCUCAAUAUGUCACAGUAGAAGAAACUAAAGAUUAUUUCUUGACGAAUGCUAAAUCUAUAGUAGAUCAAUUAGCAAGUCCAGCUUAUUUAAUAUUAGACAAUAAAGAUUAUAUUUUGCGUGCAAUAAUUGCCAAUGGAACACAGGGACCCUACCCCGAUAAACCUUAUGAUUUAGCUACUGUAUUUGGUGAUUAUUAUUUAACACAAGCUGUCUUACGUUUAUCGAAACUCUGA